CACUGGAUUGCCUGUUAUUCAGAUAGCAAAAAUACAUUGGAAUAUUUUGACUCGCUCGGUGAUACUCCCAACUGCGACAUGCGCCAAUCUAUGCUAAAUCGCUUUUCGAUAGUUAAACAAAGCCGUUAUUCUCUACAAUCUCCUUUAUCCGAUACUUGUGGGCAUUACUGUAUUUGUUUUCUUGUUUUACGUUCAAGCCAAGGAAGUAAUUUUUCAUCUACACUUCAAAAAUUGCACUCAAUACCUUCAGAGAGUCGAGAUGCGGUUCUAAAGAGAUUAGUACAGAGAUUAGCUUUUCUACCUAGUAUAUAAGAAAACUAAAGUAUUAUUUGUUAUAUUAUUUAAAAAUGAUAUUUUUUCUAUAUCUAGUUGCAUUAAUCAGCUUGGCUGGGGCAGAAAUAUUGAAACAAAACGAUAGUAAUAUACUUUACCCGUUUCACGGUCCCAUCCCACCGAAUGUAAAUUCGUGUUUUAUUAUCGACGAAGCACAUGCCCUUUCAAUCGGCCCUUCUCAUUCAACAAAUCCAAACAAAGACAUGCUGCUUUUGAUUGCUUAUGUUCUUGAUUUGGGAUUAAUCUUUGUAUUAGCAGUUGUAUUUAAAGCGCAUGUAAAUCUGAGAAGAAAUGGGAGUGGAGACCUUCCUAGUAUUCGUUUUGCAAAAGGUCCACUUAGUAUAUAAGUAACGGAUUCUAAAAACAGUCUCGAAACGCAAGAUAUGAACAUUCGUACUAGUAACAACAUGUCUGAAUUGCGAGGGCCUGCCGAAAUAUCUUCUGGAGUUCCGCCAAAAGCACAAGUUAA